AAUAUUCCCGCGUAAAUGGAGGACCACAUCAAACCAGUCGAAAGACCGAUGACAAACAAACAACAUUGCUUUGAAAUAAGCGCAGUUCAGCUUCGUAAAAUGGUUAGAGCAGAAGGCUUCUUGUGUAUCCUCUUAUGGCUGACCUCGGUCUCUGCUUCAGGACCAGAGUCGCACUGCGUUUCCUCGAAACCGGCAGGAUUCGAGUUCUCCUUGAAGAGUUCGCGGAAUAACACUGGACACUGGACUGCUCAGGUACAGCUUGAACAUGGAGUACGGCACGAAGACAACGGUCCGUGGGAGGUGAGCAUCGAACACAUCACUUCCAAGUGUGAAGACAGCGAGACCGUCCGGAUAGAAGCCACUGUUAUAGUACCGCCAGCCCGACCAGGGCCACCGCAACGAUUACGUCAAGACUAUCAGAUAAUUCCAGGACACGGUUACUAUAAACUUCACACAUCAGGAAAGACGUGGAAUCAAGCUUUCUGGACGUGUCGCGAUGAGGGAACUCAUCUCGUCGUACUGAACUCGGUUGAAGAAGUUUCUGUCGUAAAAUCCAUAUGGGAGAAAACUCAUAAUUUCAGUAACAUCGAGUAUAAAGAAUUCAUCUUCCUUGGAUUACGGAGAGGAACAGAUGGCUCUUUCAUCACGUAUACCGGUGUUCCUCUCAACGAAACUGGUUACCAAGUCUGGGCCAAGAAUGAACCUAACAACGCCGGUGGUGACGAGAGCUGUUUGUCGAUGACAGACACCGGAGGCCUCAACGAUGCGUAUUGUGAACGGAAACUGGCUUUCAUGUGUGAACGAGAACUGUCUCCAGCAAACAGAACUGGACAAUGGACAUCACAGGUUCAAUUGCAACGUCUGGAAGACGAGGCAUCACCACCUUGGAACAUCAAAGUGGACCACACAACUGAGCAAUGCGACGGAAUGGAGAACGUGGGACUAAUCGCCACAGUCUCAGGAGACUGUGAAGCUGGGUUAUUCGAAAUUUGGCUGGCAACUUACUGCACUAAUACAGUGCGGCCAAAUCAAGAUUACGAGCUGGUGAGUGGUGUAGGCUUCUACAAGAUGCACACAGAAGCUGUUUCAUGGGACGAAGUAAGAAAGGCCUGCAUCGACGAGGGAAGUCAUCUCGUCAUUUUGAAUUCUCUUACAGAAGUUGAAGUAGUAAAAUCAAUCUGGUCUAAGCACCCCAUAAUCUCCGGGAGUCAAUGGCCCGAGUAUAUUUAUAUUGGGGCCCACGAUCUGCUCUAAGAAGGAAAGUAUGUCACUGUAUUAGGUAAGGAACAACGUCACAAGUCCAUAGUCGAAUGCUUCCUAAUUGACAGGCCCCGGGUUUGAAACUCGGCCCGGAGGCCGUCUAGCCUGAAAGGCGAUUCGGGCUUCUUACUCAAUGCAAAUGUUGGAAUAUUUUAAACGAGGUA